UGGAAGGAGCGGAGAGGCGCGCGCGGAGAGGAGCACAGACAGAGAAAGGGGGAAAGUUAUUUUAAAAGAUUACUUUUUACUUUUAUUUUUGAUAGAGGCGGUCUAUUUGGGAACUGGUUGGGUUUUUUUUUUUUUUUCUCCCCCUCUCACCACUCUCCUCACUGCGGUCAGGGUCUGAGCUGUGACAGCCCCGCUGAAUGAGAGCCGGAGAGAGCCGUUCUCACAGCGGGGAAAGGACUUGUCUGCACGCCGAGCGGAGGAGCCGCUCUCCCGGGCAGCGGACUGUGCGCUGAGCGGCCCCUUCCGCUCCCCUCCCAACCCUCCGGGACUCUGCGGGCGGUUCGAAGUUGGAGAUGAAAGAAGUUUUUGUCUCUGCUCGCUUUUGGGGGAUAUUUUUCUUGUCAUUUGUUUAAGGAAAUCAAAAGGGAAGCCUUUCGGAUCGCGCACUUUGCUCUGUUCCGCUCUUGUUGGAAAGCGGAGAGAGAGAAAGGGAAAGAGGUAGAGAGAGGGAGAGAGAGGGAGAGAGAGAGAAGAGGAGGGCUGGAUGCCUGCGGGUCCGCGGAUCCUCAAGACGCAGUCCCACAGCCAAGGAUUAUUGUCCAUCAUCCAACGGAGUAAGGACGCAAAAGGUGGAGGGGUGGAGAGGACUCGCAUCAUUCGGCGUCUCCGCGGUGGGAAUGGCAAGGCGGGCGCUGGAGAGAGGAGUGCAGCCGGGGCUGGAGAGGAGCCGGAGCCGGAGCUGAGUGACAGGAUGCCCGCGACCUGAACUGCUCGGAGCACCGAUUCAGCCUGGAGUUUUUGCCCUCUUUUUAAAAAAAAAAAAAAAAUAAUAAUAAUAAUUUUUUUUGAUUGUUUUGCUGCUAAAGUACAUUUCUAUUUUUAUUUUUGUUUUGUUUUGUUUUCUCGAACUAUAACGGAGAGACAUUAAGAAAGAAACAACAACAACAAAAAGCUUUUGGAGGAUUUCUCUUUUAAAAACAAAUACUUCUUUUCCUGGAGUGCUUUUGUUUUUCCUUCUUCUUCUUCUUCUUCUUCUUUUCUUUUUUUUUUUUUUUUUUUGUAAUUUUGGAGGAGACAGAACGAGGAUGCAUUGUGGAUUAGUUUUUGUCCUGUUCAUGGGAUUCCUCGCGGUGCUCGAGGCUUUUAAAAACGAUAAAUGCGGAGGCAACAUCAGAAUCUCCAGCGCCAGCUACCUCACGUCGCCCGGAUACCCGAUGUCCUACCCGCCCUCUCAGAGGUGCAUGUGGGUCAUCUCGGCGCCGGGUCCCCACCAGCGGAUACUUAUCAACUUCAACCCGCAUUUCGACCUGGAGGACCGAGAGUGCAAGUAUGACUACGUGGAGGUGCGAGAUGGUGUGGACGAGAACGGUCAGUUGGUGGGGAAGUACUGCGGGAAGAUCGCCCCCUCAGCGGUCGUCUCCUCAGGAAACCAGCUGUUUAUCAAGUUUGUGUCGGACUACGAGACACACGGAGCCGGAUUCUCCAUCCGAUAUGAGAUCUUUAAGACGGGUCCCGAGUGCUCCAAGAACUUCACCUCCAACAGCGGCGUCAUAAAGUCUCCGGGGUUUCCAGAGAAGUACCCCAACAACCUCGACUGCACCUUCAUGAUCUUCGCCCCAAAGAUGUCGGAAAUCAUUUUGGAGUUCGAGAACUUCGAGCUGGAACCUGACACAACACCCCCUACCGGUGUCUUUUGCCGCUACGACCGGCUGGAAAUCUGGGACGGUUUUCCAGGAGUCGGGCCUUACAUCGGCAGGUACUGUGGUCAGAACACCCCCGGCAGGAUCAUCUCCUACACAGGCAUUUUGGCUCUGACAAUCAACACCGACAGCGCCAUCGCUAAGGAAGGCUUCUCUGCCAACUUCACUGUCCUCGACCGGACCGUCCCAGAGGACUUUGACUGCAGCGAUCCGUUGGGAAUGGAGUCGGGGGAGAUAACAUCAGACCAAAUCAUGGCUUCAUCCCAGUACAACCCCAGCUGGUCCCCGGAGCGCUCCCGACUCAACUACUAUGAAAACGCAUGGACGCCCGCAGAGGACUCAAACAAGGAGUGGAUUCAGGUGGACCUCGGCUUUUUGCGCUUCAUCUCUGCCAUCGGGACACAGGGUGCCAUUUCCCAGGAGACUCACAAGAUAUACUUUGUCAAGUCCUACAAAGUAGACGUCAGCUCCAACGGAGAGGACUGGAUCACCUUGAAAGAAGGCUCCAAACAGAAGAUUUUCCAGGGCAACACCAACCCAACGGACGUCACCAAGGCCAAGCUGCCCAAACCCACGCUGACGCGAUUCCUCCGCAUCCGUCCAGUCGCCUGGGAAACGGGCAUAGCGCUGCGCUUCGAGGUCUACGGCUGCAAGAUAUCAGAGUACCCCUGCUCCGGCAUGCUGGGCAUGGUGUCGGGCCUGAUCACAGACAACCAGAUCACGGCGUCCUCUCACACUGACCGGAGCUGGGUGCCCGAGAACGCCCGCCUUCUCACCAGCAGGUCCGGGUGGACGCUGCUGCCCCAGCCGCAGCCCUUUGCGAACGAGUGGCUGCAGGUGGACCUCGGCGAAGAGAAGCUGGUGAAGGGGUUCAUCAUCCAGGGAGGGAAAUACCGCGAGAACAAGGUCUUCAUGAAGAAGUUCCGCCUCGGGUACAGCAACAACGGCUCCGACUGGAGGGUGGUGUAUGACACCAACGGAAACAAACCAAAGAUAUUUGAAGGUAACAGUAAUUACGACACUCCUGAGCUGAGGACAUUGGAGCCCCUGCUGACCCGUUUCAUCAGGAUUUAUCCAGAGAGGGCCACUCCUGCUGGGAUGGGCCUGCGCCUUGAGCUCCUCGGCUGCGAGAUUGAAGCUCCGACGCUCCCCCCGACCACUCCGGCCCCGAGCACCACCCCUUCCGAUGAGUGUGACGACGACCAGGCGAGCUGCCACAGCGGCACAGGUGAUGACUACGACGUGACAGGUGGCACCGCAAUGCCAGAGACCACAACUUUAAAAGUGGACCCCAUUCCAGGCUUUCUGUGGUUUGCUUGCGACUUCGGUUGGCCCAAUGAUCCCUCCUUCUGCCGCUGGACUUCAGAGGACACUGGCUCCAGGUGGCAGAUCCAGUCCAGCGGCACCCCAACUCUCAACACUGGCCCCAACAUGGACCACACAGGGGGGUCAGGAAACUUCAUCUAUACGCUAGCGACCGGUCUCCAGGAGAGCGAAGUGGCUCGACUAGUGAGUCCCGUGGUCAGCUCUGAGGAUUCCGACCUGUGCGUGUCCUUUUGGUACCACAUGUACGGGUCACACAUCGGAACACUGCAUAUCAAACAGCGCGAGCAGACUGAGGAAGGAACUGCCGACAUCCUGCUCUGGACGGUCAGUGGUCACCAAGGCAAUCGCUGGAGGGAAGGGCGUGUCCUUGUCCCGCGGAUCAGCAAACCCUAUCAGGUGGUGAUUGAGGGUCUUGUGCAGAGGAAGAGCUGGGGAGACAUCGCUGUGGAUGACAUUAAGGUUCUCGACGGGCUUGGCAAAUCAGAUUGUGAAGAUCCUGAUGUGCCUACUGAGCCAAUGCUACCGGAGGACAAUAUCAACGAAAUUUUUGAGGACAUCACCGACUAUCCAGACCUGGUAGAAACCAACCAGAUCAGCGGCGCUGGCAACAUGCUGAAAACUCUCAAUCCCAUCCUCAUCACCAUCAUCGCCAUGUCGGCCCUGGGGGUUUUCCUGGGGGCCAUCUGCGGCGUGGUCCUGUACUGCGCUUGCUCGCACGGCGGCAUGUCGGAGAGGAACUUAUCGGCCCUGGAGAACUAUAACUUUGAGUUGGUGGACGGUGUCAAGCUAAAAAAGGACAAACUCAAUGUACAGAACUCGUACUCAGAGGCAUGAGACGGGUCAGGCUGCUGUCACAAGACUAAAAGACGGAGCAGAGCUCGCACAAAAAGAAGAAGAAUGGAAAAAAAACAAAAACAUCUUCAGGCAUAUUUUGUAUGCCGGCCCCGUAAGCGGGCUCAACAGAACUGCCAAACACCCUCCGCUCAACAGAUGAGGGUCAAGGGUUCAGGAAACCAGUGGGAGGUUUGGACUGAUCCACGCUUUUUUUUCUCAGGAGCUGCAGUAAAAAGAACCUACCAGUAGGGGACACUGUGUACAAAUAAUAAAAUACAGGAAAAAAAAAGAAAAAAAAAAGUAUGUACAGAUGAUUUAGAUGAUAUUAUAAUUUUGUAUUUUGAUUUUCAUUCAUUUCUACAAUCGGAUGCUGGUGUUGAGACCAAUUUAUUAAUAAUGUUUAAAGUAUUUAUCUUUUGUGGUGGGGGGGAAGAAAUGUCUUGGGGAAGGUUUUGUUUUGUAGAAUCAGUUCAUGAAAGCUGUUGUUCCUCUUCACGCUUUGAAAGAGACGUGUCGAAACCCUUAAAGAACCAUAUCCCGACGAAACUGUAUAUUUUGCCACUGCGGGGCGGCGUAACGAGCGCGACCCCGAUCCUUUUCCCCUUUGACCCCCCCUGCAGUUCGGGUCCCAUUCACGUAUGGUUCUGACAGUGCCUUUAGUACCUUUUGGUUGGCCUUUUUCCGUUGAACCGAGUUCUCUUUUGAAUUAUAUUAGGGUUAAGUUAUAAUGAAAGGAAACAGGGGCACAUUACCUUAUGAAUUCCUGCCAAACAGGACUAUAUAGUUUAUUAUGGCGCUUUUUCUUUUGUUUUGUUUUGUUUUUCUGUCCAAGAAAAAGAAAAAAAAAAAACUUUGUAAAUAAGUUUUAAUAUAUUUUAUUGCCCUUUUUAAAGAAAGUAAAAAGAGGAGAAAAAAAAGCUGCAGUAUCCCUUUUUUUCCCCCCUCCAUUAGUUCGAGUGAGUGUGUGUGUGUGCGUGUGUAAACACAAACUUUUGACUGUUUUGUGCAGAAGUGUGGCGUCGGCCGUAGAUUCCGUUGCUCAGGCAAGCAAGACUGAUUUUGUGCGCGUGUGUGUGACGCUAAUUUUGUGCGUCGAAGCCAUCUUUCAUCCCCCCCUCCCCCCCCCCAAAAAAACACACAACUCAAAGGAUGGAUGAAUAAAAGGGUAAAACAUGCACAUGAAAAACAUCCUCCGUUGCUAAUGUCUCGUUUGACAGAAUUCAAGGGUAAAAUUAGACAUGUUUACGUCAGAAUAUAUAUAUGUCGACCAGCAUACCAAAAUGAAAACCAUCAACCAACGUUCUAUUAUUAUUAUUAUUAUUAUUGGGGGGUUUGUCUUUUAUUUUCCCUCCAGCAUCACUGUGGAUGUUCACUGUAAGAAGUGCUAUCUGAACAAUGCAGCUUGAACGCACUUUUGUUGAUAGGAAGCCGAUUUAAAAAAAAAAGAAAAAAAAAAAAAAAAAAAAGGAGCUGACCCACUGACCGAGUGACGGUGCUACCGGUAGUUCAGCUGGACAUGGACGUGUCUCGUGAUUAAACCCAGACGUGUAGCUGAAAGGUCUCGCUUGGGCCUGCGGGAGCUUUAUGCGUUUCACAUGUAGCAGCCAUAACGACGUGAUGUCAGAGCCGACGUCAUUGGAGCGGCACAGCGGGGGGGAUCGAGCGGCAUCACCUGAAUCAGGUUAUCUGGGAAUCCCUCCGUGGCUUUACCAAAGGAUUGUUGCCCCUCCACACCCACACACACACACACACCCACACACACCCCUACACACACACACCUUUUGACUGUAGGGGCUUUUCACCACACAGAGAGUACAGCAAGAACACACGUCAUCAUCAAGUGAUCACCCUUCAGGCAUGGGGGGGGGGGGGGGGGGGGGGGGGAACACCAGGACACUUGUGGAAAGUUGCAAAACGUGGCAAAGUGUUUGUUUGUUUGUUUUUCUAGGUUAUUUCAAUGUUUUAAAAAGUGUGAACUUUUACAAUCUCAGUCGAGAAGUUUGCAGAUGGACGGAUGAGACAAUCCCACCAUAACACACUCGGAUGGAGAGAAUGUCGAGGACACACACCCACACACACACCCAUGCACGCCCACACAAGACGGGGCCUGCGAGCCCAACGAUGAAACUCAUCGGUUUGCCUCACCAUCGACCCGAUCCAAUCACGAACUCGAUCAAUUUUUGUAUCUAAGAAGGGUGACGUCUUUUAAAUCCGUGUGCUUUGUAUGUCGUGCCGUGGUGUACACACACACACACACACACGCCCACCCCCGCACGCACCACACACACACUCUUACCUUUUUUUUUUUAUUAUUAUUAUUAUUAUCCCAUUUCAAAUCGGACGCCCCCGCUCUCCUCAGCUUUCAGUUUCAGAGGACGGUAGCUGAAGCAAUCUAGGAAAAAAAAAAAAAAAACCGGAUUCUGUAGCGUGGACUCGAAACCAACAAUGUUGCACUGAGAAAUAUAUUUAAGAGGUCUAUGUGUUUAUAGUGUUCAUUUGCAAAAAGAAAAAAAAAGAAAAUUACGUCAAAAGAGAGAAAAAAAACAACUUGUGCUCGUUUUUUUUUAAAAGCAUCAUUUCAGAUUAUCUGAAAUGGAUCCAAAAUGUAAAAAAAAAAAAAAAAAAAAAAAGAGAGAGAGAGAGAAGUUUUCAUUACUGAAAAGACGGAACAGAUUUUUUUUUUAAAGAAGAAACUUCCCCUCCCCGUACAUGUACAUGCCAUGUUAGCGCUUCAUUUUGUACUGUCAUUCAGAUUUUGUGCAGAUUUUUAUUUGUUUGUUCUUUUUGUUUGUUUUUUACAAGAAAAACAAGACUUUUAUUUUCAAUACUGCUUCUGUAUUUUGCUGUUGUAGGGGGGG